CUCGUACCGUCAAUUCGUUCUCGACCGUCGCAGAAUUCAACGAGUGUUCUCGUGACAUAUCUAGCCAACAAAUUGUACACACAAUUUUUUUGUUGAAACUUAGUAGUUUUCAAAAUUUUUAUCGACAUUUUUUACCUCUGCGGUUCCGAUCUGGUCUCCUGCAAUCAACGCGAGACAUCGUUGCCAGUACUUGUCGUUUUGAGCAGUGUAUAUUCUAUACAUAUUUGAGUACAUCCGCAGCGACAGUCAAUAUGAGAUUCGCGAUAAUCGGAUUCUUAGUGCUGGUGAUGGGCGCCGCCGUUAAGGCGCACAUACAUUUCAUCAGACUGGCUUUGCUAGCUGCCAUGGGACUGGCCGGCAUGUGGAUGAUGCACAAACUCGCGCAAGAUUGGCACAAGAUUUCCUCUAGUAGACCGGCCAAGCCAGCAGCCAUGGCCGGAAGGCUUUUGGGGCUCUGGAAGAGAUCCAUACCGGACGAACACGUCAACGCAUACGUCGAAGAGUCACUGGCUGAUUUCUACAAAUUCGACGAAAUCCUUAGGCAAGACAGGUCGACGUGUGCGAGGAAAAUGAUAUGUCAAAUCGCGGCUACGCCUGAAAAUCAGCUCAAUAAAGUGGAAACUAAUCUACUCAAGUUGCUUAGCCCCACCGAACAUUUUGGCGAAAAUAUGGCAAAGAACAUAUUCCGAAAGGCCAUGGACUUGGGACGGAGUAAAAAGAGCAUGGAGGCGUGUCAUACAGAGUAUAAAAAAUGCAGAUUCAACACAAGACAAAUGUUUAAAUUAUUCAGUUCGUUCAUGUGACCCGGAUUCAUCGUUCUGCGCCCGUUUGUUUUUUACCGAUUCGAUACGAGCCUGUAAAUUAUGUGCCAAAUACGUGUAUUAUUACUACUAUUAUUAUUAUUAUUAUUAUUAUUAUUAUUUUAAUUUUUAAAAUUAAUAUUAUUAUUUUUUAUUAUUAAUUAAUUGAUUAGCUGUUUGUAAUAUGUAAUUAUAUUAUGUGCAUAUAAUUAGCAAAGUUGGACCAAUUAGUCAUUGUUGUUUACUUAACAAAAUUGAGUUAAUCAUUAAAAAAUACCA